CCUAUGUCGCGAGAGAGGAUGAAACAGUCAAAUUUGAAGUGCCGCCAUGUAUUGAUUAUAUAGGAGGGUUGGCUUUGGGCAUCGUUUAUUCUUCGGACAACUCCGACUCUAGUGGGUUUCUAACCAUUGAUGUUGUUAAUCGUACCCAGCAAACUAAUUUUCGUAUCUGGCCAAUUGAGGCCACCGUAACUGCUUCCCAUGAAUAUUAUCUUUGGUUGGGAAAUCUUUCAAACAAGAAGCUCAAUUUGAAAGGCGGCGACAUGGUUCUUGUACAAGCACAAUUUUAUGGACUAGAUAAUACAAUUAUUAAGGUGAACAAAACUGGAGUGGAUAUUCUAAAAUGGGAUUUGUCCGAUGAUCGUACUAAUUGGGACAACUAUGAGACUAUGUCAUAUGAGUCUGAUGAAGACACUACUGUGUCAUAUGAGUCUGAUGAAGACACUGAUGACGAUACACUGUCAUACUAUCGCCACGUUUUCCUCUGCUACAAGACCCUAGAGGCCUGGCCAUGGCGCAUCAAAGGCUAUGAGUCCGAUCCACUCCCUAAAAUCUUCGCAUCUGCUCUCAAAGCUCGCAAGAACGACAUCACCUUUAAGACGUUGCUGACAGUAAUUGAAGGACGCGAAGGAACUGAAUUUUCCGACGGCGAUGUGUUGAUUUUCCCACUAAUGAUCAAAUACAGGGGCUUGAAAGAGUCAAAUGUGGAUAGCUUUGUUGAUGAUGUCCUUGUGAAUGAUAGACCAUGGGCUUCGGGAGUGCAAGAGUCAUUGACUAGCCCCCAUGUAUUUGCCCUUAUAUUUGUAUACACACAUAUGAGUCAAGAGGAAUGGAAUCGUGAUAGUGCACGUGUUCGCAUUGAUAAGUUGAAAGAGGAGUUUGAGAUGCGAGGAUUGACGAAUCAGGUAUUUGUUACUGCUUGCUUUCACCUUGAAGGCCACAACUAUGCUGGAAUAUUCACGACCUACGACCCAGAUGGAAGCAUGACAUACCAUUGGUAUCCAUUUGUCAGUCCUGGUUAUGUGCCGGAAUUGCUUGAUGAACAUAUUGGGAAGGGAGAGAUUAUAGAACGACAUUGGAGGGGCCAAAUGGGAGCAUCUUCUGAUGAAGUUGAAGAAAUUAAUGACCUGGAACUUCCAAAUGGAGAAGAAAAUAAGAAAAUCGAGGAUAAGCCACAAGAAAAUGGCAAUCAGAUUCACCAAGAAAAGGGCAAUCAAACUGAGAAUAAUGAGAACUUUUCAGGCUGUUGCCAGGGUGCUAAUAGUGAUGGAUUUACAUACUGCAAAGAAGUAAGUUUGGAGGAGGAUGGUGGAAGUGAGGAUAAAAAGCCGAAAGAAACCACAAAGUCGUGUGCCAGGAAGGAUGCCUUACGGAAGCUGUCAAGCUUGAUUGGGAACUGGGAGCAAAGUGACGUUCUCGCAGCUGCUGCCGUGGUUGGAGCAGUGGCAACAGUGGUUGUGGCCUAUAGCUUUUACAGAAGGUCAGGUUGAAACGUACUUAAAUCCAUGUCGGGGUUUUGCCACGGGUGUCAACGCCCUAUUUUAUUUUUCAUUUUUUCUUUGUAGAAAGAUGAUAACGUCAAUUAAAUAAUCCUUUGAACCAUGCUCUUAAAUGAAUGAAAUGUAAUAAAUUGUUGAAUGGUUUUAUCUUGAUUGGGAUCUCUUAUGAGACUGCUUGCUAAAUGUUGAUGUGGUGUGUUCUAAGCUCC